AUGGAAAAAAUUCCAGACCAACUCGGAUAUUUAAUAUUAACCGAGGAUGGCGCGGUCCUAGAGUCGGGUGGUGAACUCGAAAACGACGAACGUGUUGCAACCAUUAUAACUGAUCUUAUCAGUCUAUCUAAUAGUAUUGAUCCAGUCGCAUUUGGUCCUGAAGAGAAGUUUAAAAAAAUAUCUAUAACAUAUGAUGACCAUUGGUUUGUUAUAUGCAUAUCAAACAAAAAAAUAUAUGUUGUUAAGAGAAGCAUACAAUCAUCCCCUUCUGAGAGUAUUGCUGUAAAUGUGUAA